GCACGCGCGUGCUGUGCUGUCAUUUCCAAUGUCAAUUUCAUCCAGAACAAACAUCUUGAAUUCGCUUGAAUUAAAAUAUUUUUAGAGAAUUUGUCUUGAAAAAAAUAAUACAAAUAAUUGAUUUAAAUAGAUUGUUAACGUGAUAUUUCUCUGUUCUCUGGUGUGAAAAUGGUAUAAUUCCAAUCCCUUCAAUUUUAACACAAAAAAACCAAUCAAUUUAGUGAAAAUGAGUGGUGCAAGAAAAAAGGAUUCCUGGUGCGAGAGGGAUGUUAAUGGACUUCAAGGAUCCUCCAGAUCCAGGGAAACAGUGCCUGAAAGAGCCCCAAUCGAAGCAAUGAGGAGGAUGCAUCUGGCUGAUUCCGGGGAUUCCCCGCGUAGUUGGAGAAGAAUUCCCGGGAAAGCUGAAGAUGCCACAUCGGAAGAAAUACCACGAACGAGGCCCUGGAAUGUGCAAAGUGAGGGCAGAUUCAUCCAGAAAAUGUCCAAAAAAGAACUUAUGUCAAUAGUUCACAUGAGUCCUGUGGAUGCUUUUCUGGAAAUUGUUGAUGAUAUGGAAAAAUUUAAAGAAACUGCUUUGCAGAAUAACAAAUCUCACGAAGAUACAAUUCUGCUGAUUGUUAUUCUUGGAAAACUACAUGAAGUUCCUUUUGAUCAACUUAAGGAUAUUGUUUUCAUGAUCUUCGGAUCAAAUGUUGUCUUUCGGGAUGAUAUCUUGGCAUACGUGAGGUAUGCAGUAGAUCUCGAAGAGAAAGGCAAACAGAAUUUAUUGCCUUUUGCCGACCAAGUCUGGAGCAGUUUGGAAGUGUUUUGCAAGUACGCAAAGAACAUUGAGGGAAGUGCCAACUGUUGGGCAUUUUUCACUCGGGCUUUGUGUAAAGUUCUUGAAGGGAAAGCUAGAGAUUCUCUUGUUGAGAAAUACUCAGUGCUUGCAAAGCUCAAAGAUGACUUGAUGAAUGGGUACUUUUACUCAGGCAAUAUUUAUGCUUCUGUUGUGGAUACAAAAGUAAGAUAUAAGCUUGAGCCACCUGAAAUCCAGAAUGGAAAGUUUAAAAAUGAAAUUGAAUACUUCAAGUAUCUGAUAAAUUACUUGAAAGCUUUCAUUUUGGUGGAUAUUUAUGAUGGAUUGCAGGAGUAUUUCAAACUUGAUGAGGACAAAAAACACAACUUUAUCCUAAAAGACGUUGGUGGUACAAAUAUUUUCCCAGCAGUCCGUAUUCACAGGGACCCUAAAGAUAAAACUUUUCUUUUGGACUUGGUUCCCCACUGUAGGAUUAAGAAUAAUUUGCCAGAAGAAGUAAAAGUCGAAAUCAUUGAUGUUGCAAAGACGAUUACAAAUCCGUGUCCUUAUUUUCUAUCUACGUCUCCUACCUUUGAUGUAAGUAUAGAUCCUUUUACAACUAUGUAGGAGGAAGUGGGGCACCUUUAAAAUGAGAAUGAAGUUCCGAAUUUGAACUUUUUUCCUGUGUUAGUAAACGAAAUCAAUUAUAUUAGAAAUAAAGUCUCUUACUAAUUGUGA